CAUGGCUUCGAUUCCUACCCAAGGCGCUUCACGCGCCGUUCUUUCGGCUGUCCGGAAUGGGGCUCUGAACAGAUGCCCCACAGUGAGUCUAGGUGGUGCUUUGCCUUGCAAAUUAAACAGGAUAUACCAAGGGAUCCCCAUCAGGACUGCGGGAAGACGCUCAAUUGCAAAUGAAAGAAAACAUAUUACCACACAAGCUGUUGAAAGCAACGGAUCAGCACCAGCACGCGCUGGUCUCAGCAUCGAUCUACGAGGGAAGAAAGCAUUUGUUGCAGGAGUGGCAGAUGAUCAGGGAUUUGGUUGGGCGAUUGCCAAGGCACUUGCUGAAGCAGGGGCAGAGAUUUCUCUUGGAGUCUGGGUGCCAGCGCUCAACAUUUUCGAGAGCAACCUGAGGCGUGGCAAGUUCGAUGCCUCCAGAAAGCUUUCAGAUGGAUCUUUGAUGGAGUUCGUGAAAGUGUAUCCCAUGGAUGCAGUCUACGAUUCCCCUGAGGAUGUCCCAGAGGAGGUUGCCACAAAUAAGAGGUAUGCUGCUGCGGGAGACAAGGGAUUCACUGUGUCACAGUGCGCCAAGAAUGUGGAGGCAGACUUCGGCAAGAUCGACAUCAUUGUGCACAGCUUGGCCAACGGUCCAGAGGUCACAAAGCCCUUGCUCGAAACCUCACGCAAGGGCUACCUGGCAGCGAUUAGUGCUUCCUCGUACUCCUUUGUGUCCAUGGUGCAGAGGUUUGGCCCCAUCAUGAACCCUGGUGGUGCCGCCAUCUCUCUCACCUACUUGGCAUCAGAGAGGAUCAUCCCAGGGUAUGGAGGAGGCAUGAGCAGUGCCAAGGCGGCCCUGGAGAGUGACACAAGGGUGCUCGCAUUCGAGGCCGGCCGCAAGUUCCAGAUCCGCGUCAACACCAUCUCUGCCGGUCCUCUGGGCUCGCGCGCAGCCAAGGCCAUCGGCUUCAUCGACGACAUGAUCAGGUACUCGUAUGCCAACGCCCCCAUCCAGAAGGCGCUGGAGGCGCGCGAAGUCGGCAACGCUGCAGCGUUUCUGCUGUCGCCGAUGGCUUCAGCGGUCACAGGCAGCCUCGUGUAUGUGGACAAUGGCCUCAAUGCCAUGGGCCUGGCAGUGGACAGCGAGACACUUGUAAGGAAGGAGGAGCCCGUGAGUGCGUGAGAGGCCACAGGAGAGUUUGUGCUGGCAAGUGGGACAGUGUAUUUGUACAGACCACGUUGAACAUGUUCAUGAGUGACCACAGCUAUGAGACUGCACCUAAAUACAUGAGAUGUGGGGAGGAGAGUGGUAAAUGCUAAUGCAUGUGACUGCGGCAUGAGGAGAUACUAUUAUAGUAUAAUCAACACAGCUUUGCUUC